UUCUAGGUUUGUUGCUCUGAAUUCUCCUCAGCACAUCAGCCCCCAAAGAAUUUCAGUUCCUCCUCCCAUGAUGCAGAGACAGACUCCACAGCCUUCUCAUCUUCAGCAGCCUGCUGGAAUGCAUCUAAAGACAUACGAGUCAGCAUCAAACCCUUUUCAGCCAAAUAGUCUCCACAUCCAAGGUUUUUAUGGACAGCUUCAGACUUUCUGCCCUCCACAUUAUCCUGACACUCAGAAGAACAUACAACACAAUGUUUCUUGCGGUAUGGUUCCUCCCUUUGAAGACUGUUUAUUUCCUGCAUCAGUGGGUCAGGCAGGACUUGGUGUCUUUCAUCGAACUUUUUCAGCUCAGUCUGGUAUUACAGUUUAUGAUUUUCCAGCAGGGCCCACAGGUGUCUUUGGUGAUUCGACCCACAGCGUGCCAGAGGAUAGCAGUUUCCUACAAAUAAAUGCAGUGGAUCAUUGUCCCACUCAGCUUUCUUCUGUCUACACUGAAGGCUAAAAUCAUCCAACUCUAAUGAGAACCUGAUUCCAUUUCGUAUUGCCCUUUCGAUAUUUCUCUACAAAUUUUUCUGUCCAUAAAAAUGCUGUGUAUGAAUAUUGGUGAAUAAACAUACACACUGGAGAGGAAAAAAAAUCACCAAGCAUUCAUCCUGUAAUCAGGCAGCCGUCUGAGGAGAGCAUUUGGAGAAAGAAAAUUUUGCCAAAACCUUAGCAAUUGUUUAUUUUCUUCUCUUCUGUGGCACAGCAACUCCACUUUUUUGUUCUUUUUGACUUCUCAAAGGGAAUUCAAAGACUGAAUAAGAAAACUGUUUGUUGGCUAUAAUCCUCUUAAUCUGAAUAGCUGUAACCUUUGAGAAGAAAACUUUAGAAAAUUCCUUUA